UCCCCGCCCCUAGCUCCAGUUCCUGUUUCUGCCUCUUCUCUUUUUCAGCCUCUGGGGCUCCCGCCUCCUACUCCUCUAGGGCCCUCUUUGCCUGAAGCUCUAAACUGACUUCUUCCUUCCGGGAACCAAGCAUCCUAGCUCUGUCUAGUUCUGAUGCUCCCCUCUCCUUUCCCUAUUGCUCACCCUUCUUCCAGAUUUGACCAGCAAACUGGGGAUGCUCAGGGACGCUCCUCAUUUCCUUUGAAUUCUUAGAACUUUCCCUGCACUGGCAUAGCUUCUUGGCUUCCCAUCCAAAACCCUAGUGUUCUCUGCUCUUUUGCUCCUUAGGAAUCAGGUGGUCCAGUUCCCAGAGCUUUUCUCUCUUAGGCUUAGCCCCUGUUUCAGCCCCAGGGUUUCUCCUCCCCCCCCCUCCACAUUUGCCUGGACUCUCCAGGAUGAAAGGAGGAGAGGGGGAUGCAGGAGAACAGGCCCCCCUUAACCCUGAGGCUGGAGAGAGCCCUGGAGGUUCAGCUACCUACCGGGACUUUGUGCAUCGAGGCUACCUGGACCUCAUGGGAGCCAGCCAGCACUCUUUGCGGGCUCUUAGCUGGCGCCGCCUCUACCUCAGCCGAGCCAAACUCAAAGCCUCCAGCCGAACAUCUGCCUUGCUCUCCGGUUUUGCCAUGGUGGCCAUGGUGGAGGUCCAACUAGAGACCAACCACGACUACCCCCCAGGGCUGCUGGUGGCUUUUAGUGCCUGUACCACAGUGCUGGUGGCCGUCCACCUCUUCGCCCUCAUGGUGUCUACCUGCCUGCUGCCCCACAUUGAGGCCGUCAGCAACAUUCACAACCUAAAUUCUGUCCACCAGUCUCCCCAUCAGCGACUCCACCGCUAUGUGGAGCUGGCCUGGGGGUUUUCCACAGCCUUGGGCACUUUCCUCUUCCUAGCUGAAGUGGUCUUGGUUGGUUGGGUAAAGUUCAUGCCUAUUGGAGGGCCUACGGUGGCCCCUGUACCUGAGAUCCCUUCUUCCUUGGCCUCAAGGGGUCCUGAGAGCCCUUUACCUGAUGCACCAGCCUCCAUGGGCCCAAGUCCUGGACUAUCCCUGACAGAGCCAGUGGCCCCCUUGAGCCCUCCAGCUGUGACCUUAGCCUCGGAAACAUCACCCAGAGUCGGGCCCCCAGCUGUGACCUGCUCACAGAGGUGCCAGGGGCCAGUGGCCUCACCCCAUGGACCUGGGUGGCAUGCUGCUAUGGCCUCUACAGUGAUCAUGGUACCUGUGGGCUUGGUUUUUGUUGCCUUUGCCCUCCACUUUUACCGAUCCCUGGUUGCCCAUAAAACUGAUCGACACCAGCAGGAGUUAGAAGAGCUGAGCCGUCUCCAGGGAGAACUUCAGGCUGUGUGAAGUGGGAGAGAGCAAGGGCUUUGGGAAGAAGCAAAUAGAAGAUGAAGCACUGGCCAUCACACAUCGAUGGAUUGGAAGGGGUCCCAGCAAGAGAACUACAGGGUAUCCUCAAGGUAGGCCCAGGAAGGAGGCCUCUGGCAGCCUGACUCAGGUCUAUAUUCCCCUUCCAGGAGCCCUGUCACAAAGUGGAAGAACAUACUCAGGUAGAGGGACAUUAUUUCCUCCCCCUCUCCCCUGAAGCUCUGAGUAGUGGGGUCAGGAUAGGCCAGGCCAGGCUGGCCUUUCAAGGAAGAUCCCAGUGACACAUUUGGUUUCCUCAAAGCUGAGCUGCUCUCUCCUAGCCUUCCCUUUCUCAUAGAGCCUACAAUGAUGGGACUUGGUACAUUCUGAGACCCUCCUCUCUUUGGAAAAGUAUACAUUUGAUUCACUAUGGUUUUCACAUUAUUGAGAAUUAAUUGAUGGCAGCUAUACCCAUUUUGGGAGUUCCUGAAGUGUUGGCCCCUCCCAUUUCUUAAGUUCUCUUCCAGUAGUUAUGCUUUCUAGAGGUAUUCCCAAAGCCAGAGCUGAUUUUUCCUGAAGAGUCCCCCAAGCAUACCCUGUUUAAGGAAGCUUUUCAGGAUUGUCCAAGUUCAGUCUUAGUCCUAUCUCUGAAGCUCCAGGGCCAUGCAAUGGAAUAAGUUAGGUUCUAGGACUUGUCUCCCUACUCCCAUCCCUUGGAAUUGUUAGUUAUCUUUCCACUUGGAUAGGUCUCCCUGUGCUAACCAACAAAUACAUUUUAUUUCCAAGUUAUUAGGAGCUCUAAGGAUAGGGCAUACAACAGUGCCUCCAAAUUGGAGGGCCCCCUCCUGUUGCCUCUUUAUUAUAAGUACUGCCCCAUGGCUCUGAUGCACCAGAAGAAAUUGCCUCACCUCCAAACAGAGCCUUUUCCCCCUCUAGUCUUUGUGGCAACACAACCUGUUCCUCUCAAAGUUCUAUCCUUUCUUCCUCCUGGCUAGGGGGGAAACAGGGGAGGAUGCUAAAGGGGGAAUGGAGAGAUAGACUUCUGUGGAGAAGGUUUUAUCUCAUCCCAGAAAUCACCACCCACAUACAUUUUGCUACACACUGAGCACCCCAGGGAGCCCUCCCCUUCCUCUGCAGUAAUGGGGAAUCAACUCUGACACUGAAUUUUCACUGUAUCUUUCUUUUGUACAAUAAACUUUGUUUGAAACACA